AUGUCCGGGAGGAAAGCCGUCGGCGACGGCAUGCAACUCUCCCAAAUGAGGGGGACGACAGGCUACAUGGCACCCGAGUGGGUGUUGGGCCUGCCGAUCGACACCAAGGUCGAUGUGUACAACUAUGGCAUCGUGCUUCUGGAGAUCCUGAUGGGAAGCAGGAUAACAGAACAGAGGACUGUGGACGACAAGGAGCGGCUACAGAUGAGCCAGAUCGUGCAGGCGCUGAAGCAGGUGGUGGCGAGCGGAGACAUCACGUCAUUGGUGGAUAGUAGGCUGAACGGGCAGUUCAACCCUCGACAGGCCAUGGACGUCAUCUUCAAGGCUCUUAGAGCUUGCGAUGAUGAGGAUGAACACCCUACGUACUUGUGGUGA